AUUUUUUAAAUUCGGAGCCAGCAGGAGCCAACGCACCCCUGGUAGAAGUGCUAGACCGGGGAGUGGGGACAGACUUCUUGCUCACCGGCCUGUCCCCUCCGGGGCGCGCGCGGUGUGACGCGUUCACCGCGGGAGGGAAUUCCGCUUGUCAAGGUACCUGGGCGCAGGAAAACUCCAGCGGACUCUCCUGGAAAAGAGACCAUGCCCCCCAAGUCCCUUCGCAACCUCUCCCAGACGGCCGGCGAGAAUCAGAGCGGUUUCUUCCCCGGGCUCUCGGACAGGGAUUUCCUGCCCGCCCCCGAGGGGACCACCGCCGAGUUCGUGGUCCGCUGUGUGAUCCCGUCCCUCUAUCUGUUCAUCAUCACGGUGGGCUUGCUGGGCAACAUCAUGCUGGUGAGGAUCUUCGUCACCAACAGCGCCAUGAGGAGCGCCCCCAACAUCUUCAUCUCCAACCUGGCCGCCGGGGACGUGCUGCUGCUGCUCACCUGCGUCCCGGUGGACGCCUCGCGCUACUUCUUCGACGAGUGGAUGUUCGGGGAAGUGGGCUGCAAGCUGAUCCCUGUCAUCCAGCUCACCUCCGUCGGCGUGUCCGUGUUCACUCUCACUGCACUCAGCGCCGACAGGUACAGAGCGAUUGUAAACCCCAUGGACGUCCAGACGUCAGGGGCGCUGCUGUGGACCUGCACGAAGGCUGUGGGUAUCUGGGUGGUCUCCGUGCUGUUGGCUGUUCCCGAAGCCGUGUUCUCGGAAGUGGUGCAAAUUCGUAGCUUGGAUAAUGGCAGCUUUACAGCGUGCAUCCCCUACCCUCAGACCGAUGAAUUACAUCCAAAGAUUCACUCAGUGCUCAUCUUUUUCGUUUAUUUCCUCAUACCCCUUGCAAUCAUUAGCGUUUAUUAUUAUCAUAUUGCAAAGACGUUAAUUAAAAGUGCACACGAUCUCCCUGGAGAAUACAAUGAACAUACCAAAAAACAGAUGGAAACUCGGAAACGCCUGGCAAAAAUUGUGCUUGUCUUCGUGGGCUGCUUUGUCUUCUGUUGGUUUCCAAAUCACAUCCUCUACAUGUAUAGGUCUUUCAACUAUAACAAGAUUGACCCAUCUCUAGGCCACAUGAUUGUUACCUUAGUUGCUCGGAUUCUCAGCUUUUGCAAUUCUUGUGUCAAUCCAUUUGCUCUUUAUCUACUCAGUGAAAGCUUCAGGAGGCAUUUCAAUAGCCAGCUCUGUUGUAGAAGGAAGUCCUAUCCAGAGAGAUCAACCAGCUACUUAGUCAGCUCUUCUGCAGUGCGGAUGACAUCUCUGAAAAGCAAUGCUAAGAACGUGGUGACCAAUUCUGUUUUGCAAAAUGGGCACAUCGUGAAGCAGGAAAUGGCACUGUAAUGCUGGCCAUUCAACGGACUGCCUGGAAUUAACUUGCUCUUCUGUUUCUAGUGAGCAGAACAAAACUAAGCAACUUUCUCUUUCUCAAUACUUCUGAGCUAAUUCAUUAGACAAUGUCAUGAUUGACUUACAAAAGGCAAGACAAACAUAGCUAGCAUUUUUCUCUAAACAGAAUUUUAAAUUAUACAUAUAUAACAUUAAAAGUGAUUCAAAAGCCAAUCCUACAUGUAUAUAAAUCAACAUUCUUUCAGAACUUAAGCUGUUGCUAGAGUCAAUGCUAGUGUUACCUU